UAUUCAUUAGUAUUUGCUGCUUGCAAUCCACCUGAAUUAUGUGUAAAUAAUAAAUGUACUUGUAAUCCAAAUACUGCUUGUAAGUGCCCUCAACCUCCAAAUAGUCUUCCGCAAGGACAAUACUGUGGUGGUGCUCCUAAUAUGAUAGGAUGUAAUCAUACUCAUGUAUACGAAUGUAAUCCUUCUGGUGGAGUUUGUGAAUAUGGUUAUCGCGAUUCUUGUGCACAAUGUGGCGCACUUACCUGUCCAAACCCACAAGUAGCGCCAUCAAAACCUGUUGUAACAUCACCAAAACCUGUAGUAACACCACCAAAACCUGUAGUAACAACACCAAAAUCAGCUCCAAUUGUAGCGCCACAAAAAACCACUCCAGUAAAAAAACCUCCAACUUCAAUUACUUUUAAUGUUCCUCAAGCAUGUCUAGAUAUUACAAAUGAUAUUUUAUGUUUAUCUAAUCUUGGUAAAGAUUUGAAUCCUGUUGAAUUUGUAACUGCUGCAGCAU